AAGAGGCUGACACGAGGAAAGAGGAAGGGAAGCCCCGCCUUUAGCUCACCCAAACAAUCACAGCGAUCCACAUUGGCUGACGCAUAUGAACUUGCAGCCUCGCUUCUGUCAGGACCCACCUUGGGGUUGUCUGCCGCAAUGCCCAAAGAGCCUCAACCCGCGGCCUAGGGAAGGAAAAGGCGACACAACGCAGCAAGGGAGCGGGAAAAGGAGACGGCUGUGCUCGCAGCUCUGCGCGACUCAACUGGCCGCGGUUCCGCCGCGUUCAGCUAGUCAGGCAGCGCUCCGGACAGCCCUCAGCCCGGAACCGGUGGGAGGCGGGUCCUUCCGGGCUGUAGUCGCAGCCGCUUCUAUGAGGCCUUCGUUUCCCCCGCCGGCGGUGCCGCUGCGGGAUGUUUGCGUGGAGUUGUCACAGCUGAGGCUGCCGGGACCUCAAACAGUGCCACCGCCGAGCAUGGGGGUGAGCGGAGGGACGGGAGGCGGAGGGGCUGCCCUUUACCCGGAGCGGCUGCGGCUGCCUCUCUGCUGCCUGGGAGUCUUCGUCUGUUACUUCUGGUACGGCGUCCUGCAGGAGACAAUCACAAGAGGGAAAUAUGGGGAAGGAGCAAAGCAGGAGAAGUUCAGAUUUGCUCUGUCUUUAGUCUUUAUCCAGUGUGUGAUAAAUGCCAUUUUUGCUAAACUAUUGAUCCAGUUUUUUGAUUCUGUCAAGGUGGACCGGACGCAAAACUGGCUCUAUGCAGCUUGCUCCAUCUCCUACCUAGGAGCCAUGGUCUCCAGCAACUCGGCUCUACAGUUUGUCAACUACCCAACCCAGGUCCUUGGGAAAUCCUGUAAACCCAUCCCAGUCAUGCUCCUUGGAGUGACAGUGCUGAGGAAGAAGUACCCACUCGCCAAAUACCUAUGUGUCUUACUGAUCGUCACAGGUGUGGCCCUUUUCAUGUACAAGCCAAACAAGGCAGGAGACCUGGGAGAUGACCAUAUUUUUGGAUAUGGGGAACUCUUGCUGUUGCUGUCGUUGACACUGGAUGGCCUGACUGGAGUGUCUCAGGACCACAUGAGAGCGCACUGCCAGACGGGCUCCAACCACAUGAUGUUGAAUGUUAAUAUGUGGUCUACUCUGUUCCUGGGAGCUGGUAUCCUGUUUACAGGAGAAGUUUGGGAGUUUUUGAGUUUCACCGAGCGUUACCCCAGCAUUAUCUAUAAUAUCCUUCUCUUUGGCUUAACGAGCGCAUUGGGCCAGAGUUUCAUCUUCAUGACUGUGGUGUACUUUGGCCCCCUGACCUGCUCAAUUGUCACGACGACCCGUAAAUUCUUUACCAUUUUGGCUUCAGUUAUCUUUUUCGCUAAUCCUAUCUCCAACUUGCAGUGGGUGGGCACCAUCCUGGUAUUCCUUGGGCUUGGACUAGAUGCCAAAUUUGGGAAAGCAUCCAAGAAGACCUCACAUUAAGGAGACCUUGGAUGGUUCUGUUAGAAACCUCAAGUGUAAUGAACUGUUAACAUUGUCUUACUCCCUGGCAUUUCUUACUGGAGUGGACUCUAGAUGAGUGCUAGGAGAAAGGGAAUGGGGUUUUAUGGGGAUGAAUUGUUUUUAUUCCAAAAAUAUUGGAUUAUUAUUUUUAAUUGAAUGUUUUGUUUUAAUUCAUGUCAAAUGGGGUAAACAUGAUCCACAUCUGCUGCCUCCCCACCAGGAAUCAAAGCUGGGAUUGAGGGAUUGGAAAAAAGAGAAAUUCUUGGCAGAUGAGAAGGGAUGCUUUGUAACAAAUAAAAAGAAAAGAAAGA